AUGUGUGGUAUAUGCUGCACCCUGCGUUUGCACGGGCGGCGGGGCCUCCAGGACUUGGUGGUUUGCAAUGAGGGCGUUGUCGAGCGUGCAGCGCUUUACCAGUCGGUGCGACGUCGUGGUCCGGAUGCAUUUGCGUCGCUGCAACUUGAAAUUGCCCCUGGCGUGCAUGUCGAGGCGGCAAGCGCUGUUCUUUGUUUACGCGGUGUGGGUGGCGGUGGCGCCAUUGUCGCUGAGGGUUGCAGUGGCAAAAACCAAGGAAUACCGCAGCCGGCGAUGGCGGCACGUGACUGUUUCUGUUCACAUGCACCAUCAUGUCUGUCGUUUCUUGAGUGGAAUGGAGAAGUAUUUGGUGGGGCACUAUACUUGUCUCCGGGAGUCUCAGACACAACUGUUGUUCUUGACCGUCUGCAUCAGCUGGAACACGGAUUCACGGCAGAACUGUGCGAUGGAACCAACGGUGCGGAUGGAGUUUGUGGUGCCGCAGCUCUGGCCACAGCCCAGGCCUCUUUUGCGGAAGCAUGUGUGCAUUUCUUUGAAACUGACAUUGAGGGGCCGUACGCCUUUGUGUACUACGCCCACUCCCUGCAGUUAUUUCUGUUUGGCCGGGAUCCACUUGGGCGACGCUCCCUUCUUUUGCAUGUGGCCUCGACAUUUCCAGAAAAGGGAGAGGGAGACGAGAACGGCGCCUCCGAAACCCAUUCCGUGGAAGUGACGAUAUCCUCAGUGGCGGAAGGACACUUUGAUGCAAGCUGCAUGGUGGUAAAAUCCGCGGGAAGAGGCAAUAAACGCAGGAGAUGUGAGUGUCGUGGCCAAUCCGAUGUGAGUGAUGAGAAUAACCAUAGCGAUGAUGACCGUGCCGAGUCCUUCGUGGCUUUUCCUUCUUCCAGUUGCAGCUGCUGGCAGGAGAUCCCCAACACGGGUCUCUUCGCCAUUAGUGUGGCAGCGCCCCAACAGAAUUCUCUGGUUUCCCAUCACCCCUGGACGGUCGAUCACGGUAUACAUCCAUUACUGCGAUUUCAAUCUUGGCUGCAGCCCUCUUCGGCGACAGGAAGAUUGAGAAUGAAAGAUGAAGAAACUGCUGAGGAUGAGUACCCUGCGAUUAUUCGAUGCCUUUUGCGGGAGAGUGGUAAGCUUUCCUUCACUUCGUUGAAGGAAUUCUUGGAUUUCGAUCUCAAGAUGGCUGCACGCUAUCUUUGUGCUCUUUGGAGAGCUGUGGAGGUGCGUGUGAAGGCCGAAAACUGCGGUGAUGAUCCCACUCAUCCAAUUGGAGUGUUGUUUUCUGGGGGUAUUGACUGCACCGUGCUAGCUGCCAUUGCACACUACGUUCUACCCGUCACCACCCCUAUUGAGCUAAUCAACGUGGCUUUUGGAGAUGUUCCAGAGCUCGCGCCCGAUCGAGUGGCCACGUUUAGGGCUUUUGAGCAGCUGCUACGAUUGCCAACACGUUUGAAGGAAGAAAAUCACGAGAUAUUUUGCGCCAAUGGCAGGGAAUGGCGUCUUGUGCUUGUGGAUGUUCCUCAUAACGCCAACUUGUCUCACGUUCAGAGCCUAGUGUGCCCGGGAUCCUCUGUCAUUGACAUGAGUAUCGGUACUGCACUAUGGCACGCUGCCCAGGGUUGUGGCCGAGUGCAGCGUGUCCGUGCCGAAGAGGAAAUGGUGUCUCGAAUGCGUUCAAAAAAUUCUUUGUGCGGUCGCCACAAAUUCUACCGAGUGUCAACGGAGGAGAAAAAGCCCUGCGAAUUGGAACGAAUUAUCCCUACAUGCGGGGACGCCGCAGAUGAGAAAAAAUUUGUCCCGUUGAUUGAGGCUAUCAUCUCAGAAUUGGAGGCGUUUAAUGAGGAACCGUCAUCUCCCGUGCUGUUGUCAACCUUGGGAAAAGAUCACAGGACGACACUGCGUCCCGUGCUGACGAAAUACGGGUACAAGAAACUGGGACCGUAUCUCAACGACGCGUCCGCGGCUGGUUUGAUUGCCUUUGCUGGGCGUGACGAGGCUCCGUCCAAAGCCGUGCGCCUGGUGAGGCCAGCAGAAAUGGGGAAGGUGCAGCGAGUGGUUCCUGCAAAGUGGCUGGUUAGCGAUUGUGAUUUUUCUCCCUUAGGGUCAUGCGCGGAUAAAUACACUUGCGAGGCUCGUGUUUUGCUCCUUGGGAUGGGGGCGGAUGAGACGCUUGGCGGGUACACUCGUCACCGUCGUGCCUUCGAGCGCCAUGGAGUAAAGGGCUUGGUGGAGGAGCUUGGCCGCGAUUUUGCAAGACUGUGGAAACGGAACUUGGGGCGUGAUGAUCGCGUGGUGUGCGAUAGCGGGAGGGAGGGCCGGUAUCCCUACUUGGACGAGGGAGUGCUUGCAACACUUGCUUCAAUAGCGGCAGAGGCCUACCGAUGCGCCAUCGAUACGACACACAGGACGACCGCUAUUGCCGUGGAUGAAGAUAGGGCGCUGCAAGAGGCACUCGCGCCCGCGUGUUGUUUCACUGCUGAAGACGGUGCGCCCGGUGUGGGUGACAAGAAGAUCCUGCGGCAGUGUGCGUCCAUUUUGGGACUUGGCGAUGUAGUGCGGCUACAGAAGCGUGCAAUUCAGUUUGGUUCCCGUGUCGCACAGGCCCCUUCUUGA